GGGUAAGGGGGACUUUGAUGUCAUAAUUUGGUGGUUGUUUUUUGUGAAGGUAUUUUCAAGAUUUGCGGUGUUAAAGAAAUUGGAUCAUGCGUUUCACGUUAAUGGGUAUUAUCAUCAUUUUGAAUCAGUAACUGUCACCAAAAACUUUUUUUUUUUGGGAAGGAUUCAGAAUCAUGACAAGUAUAACGGAGGCUACAAUGAUACAUCAUGUGGCUAUUGUGUUAAUUCUACUAUGGUUGCUUAAUUCUUUCGAUUAUAGCCACCCUUUGGCUUACUUCCUUUCCCUCAUCUACCUUUAUCUGGUUCAUGAGCAGUAUAUAACUAGAUUACAGAGGAAAGUGCAAUUUGAGGAAAAAAGACAGUCGAAUCAACGACGAGUACUUUCUGAUUCUGAAACAGUGAGGUGGUUAAACCAUGCACUUGAAAAGAUUUGGCCAGUAUGCAUGGAGGAGAUCGUUUCGCAGAAAAUUCUCCUCCCUAUCAUUCCGUGGUUUAUGCAGAAAUACAAGCCCUGGACUGUGAAAGACAUUGUAGCACAGCAUCUCUACUUGGGAAGAAGCGCACCUAUGUUCACGGAAAUGAGGGUUCUUCGUGAAUCUACAGGGGAUGAUCAUCUCGUUUUGGAGCUGGGAAUGAAUUUUCGUUCUGCUGAUGACAUGAGUGCAAUUCUUGCUGCGAAGCUGAGGAAAAGGUUGGGCUUUGGAAUGGUGACAAAGUUGCAUCUGUUGGGAAUGCAUGUUGAGGGAAAGGUCUUGGUUGGGGUCAAGUUCCUGAGAAAGUGGCCGUUUCUUGGUCGUUUGCGGGUGUGCUUUGCAGAGCCUCCUUAUUUUCAGAUGACUGUAAAGCCAAUUUUUACACAUGGGAUUGAUGUAACAGAACUUCCUGGAGUUGCUGGAUGGCUGGAUAAUCUUCUUGCUGUUGCAUUUGAGCAGACACUCGUCGAGCCCAACAUGCUGGUAGUUGAUAUGGAGAAAUUCGUCUCGCCCCAACCAGACGAAAGCUGGUUUUCUGUCGAUGCCAAGGAGCCGAUCGCUCAUGUUAUUUUGGAAGUCCUUGAAGCAGAAGACAUGAAGCCAGCAGAUUUUAAUGGAUUGGCUGAUCCAUACGUUAAGGGGCGUCUUGGGCCAUAUAGAUUCAGAAGUAAGACUCAGAAGAAAACAUUAGCUCCACAGUGGCAAGAGGAGUUCAAGAUUCCAGUCUGUUCAUGGGAAUCUCCCAACAAUAUGCUUAACGUAGAAGUUCGUGACGAAGACCAUUUUUCUCAAGAUGAUACAUUGGGAGAUUAUUCCAUCAACGUCUGCGAUUAUAGGGAUGGCCAGAGGCAUGAUAUAUGGUUGUCUCUUCAGAACGUUAAAAUGGGGAGAUUACGUCUUGCCAUAACUGUACUUGAAGGCAGCAAAAAGGGUACAGAGAAGUCAUACGAGAGGGCAAAAAUGAACAACAAACAGGAGAGAAAUUCUGUUGAUAUGGAUACCGCUGAAACAGGCUCCUUAUCAACUGAUUUGGAUAAGCAAUCGUCAAAAGUUGCAGAUAAAUAUGAACCGAUUAACAUAGAAGGGCAGCAGGAGACUGGUAUGUGGGUACACCACCCUGGCAGUGAAGUACCACAAGUAUUGGAACCGAGAAAGGGAAAGAGUCGUGUUACUGACGGGGAAAUCCAUGGUUCCGACGCUGAUUCAACAGGAAGUUUUAAGUCAAAAACUGGGGGAUCUACUCGGGGUGAUGAAUGCAUGCCUGAUGAAAGUAAUGGAACUAAGAAGCACUCGACGAAUCUAAUCAACAGGGGUUUUCAUAAGAUCGGCUCCUUUUUCCACAGAAGUCAAAAAAAUGAGGAGAAGUCUGGAAAUCUUGGAGAGCCUGCUCCAUCUCCGCAUGCUAAUUUAAAGGCAGUGAACGCAAAGGAAAUCGGGGUGAAGUUUAUAAUGGAUGACUCAGUUUCAAGAACUCCGAGAGAAGAUGGUACAGAGAGUAAUGAGGGAAAUGGUCAAGGUAGCGCCAAAAAGGGCAAAGUUAAAGAGAGGGCGAAGAAUAUUCUAAAAAUUGCAGUUUCUCGGAAGUCAUCACGAAAAUCUAAAGGUGAGUCAGAAUCAACAGCGUCAGAGAGAGAUCUCUCUGUGGAAUCUGAUUCCUCUGAAGACGAUUAUUCGCUAUCAGUUGGCUCACCUCUAGUUGACGGCCAUUCAGUGAGCAGCCGUUUCAUAGCCAGCACUGGCGUUGAGAAUUCCAAUGACAGCACAGUGAAGAGCAGUGGAUGGGUAGAUACAGAAAGCACGAAAGAAGUAGUUCAUACUGGUUCUGAGGGCUCAUGAGAAAACUAUGAAUUCAGUCAGUCCUUAAAGUUUCAAAACCUCUGAUUUGGAUCAAUGCAAAGAGCACUCAGAUGUGUUGCUGAAUAGUAGUAUGUUUUUUGUACAGACUCCUUCUAACCGAGUUAUUGUUGUUAUGGUUUUACUUGUACAUGCUGAUAUGUCCAGUAAUAGUUUCAUGUUGGCUUCUGUUUGUACGUUUUGAUUUUCUUUUUCUGUAAACAAUGACUGUAGUUCACUAAAUUGGAAAGUGUUCGUUCUUCGUGUAAAAAUUUAAUAUUUUACUUAUAUAUACAGUGUAAUUUUUCAUAAUA